AUGGCCCAGAAGUUUGCUGACGACCAAAAGAUCUCCGACUUGGUGGAGAAGGUUCCUGCGGGAUGGUUUUCCUUCGAGUAUUUCCCGCCAAAGACCCCCGAGGGCGUUGAGAAUCUUCGCAAGCGCAUCGUGAAGAUGAAGACCUUGGGGCCCCUCUUCACCGACUUCACCUGGGGUGCCGGUGGCUCCACCUCCGAGCUGACUCUGAAGCUCACCUCCGCUGCCAAGAACGAAUUCGGCUGCGUAGCCAACAUGCACCUGACCUGCACAAAUCAGAGCUCUGAGAUGACGGGCAACGCACUCCUGGAGUGCAAGCAGCAUGGCGUGCGCAACAUUGUGGCCUUGCGCGGCGACCCUCCCCGAGGGCAGGAAAAGUGGACCGCCACCGAAGGCGGCUUCUCCAGCGCCCUGGAUCUGGUGAAGUUCAUCCGCCAGAACCAUGGCGACUACUUCUCCGUCUCCGUGGCCGGCUACCCUGAGGGCCACCCUGACAACAUCGAGGAAGUGGAAGGCGGAGUUUCAGCCCUGACUCCCGGAGAGAAGCGCCGAGCGCGCGUGGUGAAAGACGCCCAGGGGAAGGAGGUCGUGUCCGUUUGCCGGGACGCAAACUUCCACAAGGAGAUGGUUUACCUGAAGGAGAAGGUUGAUGCUGGUGCCCACUUUGUCAUCACGCAGAUGUUCCUGGAUGCCCAGGUCUUCCUGGACUUCGUGGAGGAAUGCCGCAAGUACGACAUCAAGGUGCCUAUUGUCCCCGGCAUCAUGUGCCUCAACGGCCUGGGCGGCCUCAAGCGGAUGACAGAGCUUUGCAAGACUCGCCUGCCCGAAGGCCUUAUGGAGCGGGCAGAGAAGGCGAACACCUCGGAUGAGGCUUUCAAGGAGUUUGGAAUCCAGGAGGGCGUCGAUAUGUGCAAGAAGCUUCUGGAAGGUGGUGCUCCAGGAUUGCACUUCUACACCUUGAACCUGGAGAAGGUUGUGGUUGGCAUUCUCAAGGGUCUGGGGAAGAUCAAUGACGCACAGGCCGCGGCCUUCCAGGCCGUCGAGGCAGAUGCCAAGUUCAUGGUCUCCGCGCAGGGCAUCACGACUGGAACCAAGGCCUCCAACAGGCCAGCGCUGCCGGGCAACAAGUCCCUGAAGGAGGCGGAUCCAGUCAUGUAUGACCUGGUUCAGCAGGAGAAGGCAAGGCAAACACGAUGCAUCGAGCUGAUUGCCUCCGAGAACUUCACCUCAAGAGCCGUCAUGGAGUGCUUGGGCUCGGCCCUCACCAACAAGUAUUCCGAGGGCCAGCCUGGAGCCCGCUACUACGGUGGUAAUGAGGUCAUUGACAAGGUGGAGAACCUUUGCAAGGACCGCGCCUUGAAGGCUUUUGGACUGGAUGAGAAGGCAUGGGGCGUCAAUGUCCAGCCCUAUUCCGGGAGCCCGGCCAACUUCGCCGUGUACACAGCGCUGCUGCCGCCUCAUGCAAGGGUGAUGGGACUGGACCUGCCCUCUGGAGGGCACCUGACCCAUGGAUACUACACGGCCAAGAAGAAGAUUUCGGCCACCUCCAUUUACUUUGAGUCGCUGCCGUACCGCGUGCACCCGGAGACUGGACUGAUCGACUUCGAUGAGCUGCGCAAGACGGCGCUCGUCUUCCGUCCCGCCAUGAUCUUGUGCGGGGCCUCUGCGUACCCGCGCAUCAUCGAUUUCGGCAAGUUCAAGGAGAUCGCUGACGAGGUGGGUGCAAUCUUAAUGGCAGACAUCGCUCACAUCUCCGGCCUGGUUGCAACAGGAGAGCAUCCGUCUCCCUUCGAGCACUGCGAUAUCGUGACAACUACCACGCACAAGUCUUUGCGAGGACCCCGAGCAGGCAUGAUCUUCUUCAAGUACACGGAGAAGAUCCCGGACAUCAAGGAGCGCAUCGACAUGGCUGUUUUCCCUGCCCUGCAGGGUGGACCCCACAACCACCAGAUCGGCGCUCUCGCAGCUCAGUUGCUGGAGGUUGACAGCCCCAUGUUCAAGGAUUACGCCAAGGCGGUAAAGGCUAAUGCCAAAGCUCUGGCCGAGACGUUGAUGAGCAAGGGGCACAAGCUAGCCAGCGAUGGCACGGACAAUCACUUGCUGCUAUGGGACCUGCGCCCCCAUGGGCUCACUGGCUCAAAGGUGGAGAAGAUCUGUGAGGCAGCGUCCAUUACUCUGAACCGCAACGCGGUUCAUGGAGAUGCCAGUGCUCUUAGCCCGGGAGGUGUCCGCGUUGGUGCACCCGCCAUGACCACCCGUGGUUGCACUGAGCAGGACUUCAAAACCAUCGGCGGUUUCCUGGAUCGAUGCUGCCAGCUCGCCCUCAAGAUCCAAGCUGAGAAGGGCAAGAAGCUGAAAGACUUCGAGGCCUUGGAGCAGCCAUUCCAUAUCAUUGGGUUAUAUUGGGAUAAUGGAAAAGAAUAUGGAAACUGCUAUAAUGGGUUUUUAUUUAGGAAUGAUGGAAAAUGGAAACUAUUGUAUUAUAAUUUUGUGUUAUAG